CGGCGAUAACACACGCCUUUGGACGAAAUCCGAAUCCGCAACACUGAACAAUCACAAUAAGUGUACGCACUCAAACAACUUCGAGAUGGCUUCUUCUCGGGCUCAGACAAACGGCGUACUGCCCAUACCAGCUUCACAGACAGCACCAAAAAUGUCGAAAGCCUCACAGAACAGGGCAGGCCCGUCGUUGAAAGUAGUUGUGAGACGACUUGCGCCUGCCCUCACCGAGGCAGAGUUCAUAAAGAUAAUUGGCGAUGAGUGGAAGGUUGGAGCAGGGAGAGUGGAUUGGUUCUCUUACAAGCCUGGGAAGGUUUCAACAGACCCUUCCAAAGCAUCUCGUCCGUCCCGCGCCUACCUGCAUCUCGUCAACGAGCCAUACCUGACUCAACUGUCGAACCAUGUUCGCCAGCUCACCUUCGAAGACGCGGCAAAAACUUUCACGAACCCAUGCCUCCUUGGCCCCGCCUCCCUCGAAUAUACACCCUACGCCCGCAUCCCAAGUGGAAAACGCCGCACCGAUGCACGUCAAGGCACGAUUGACCUCGAUCCAGAAUUCAUGGACUUUCUCGAGAGCCUGGCCAACCCAACAUCCACCAAGGAAGAGGAUACCGAGCCAUCUACGAAGGGAGAGAAAGUAACCACAACCCCCCUGGUACAAUACCUCAAAGAUAAGAAGGCGAAUAAGAGCAAAGAAGCAGCCGCCGCCAAAGCCGCAAAGCAGAGCCGUCUGGAAUCCCAGGCUGCCUCUGCGUCCGGCAAAUCAAAAUCAAAAGAAGGUGCUGCCGAUGAACCUCACAAGAAGACCCCCAAAGAUGGGAAGAGAGAGAGACUCGUUGAGAAGGCCGCCCGAGAGGCAGUCAGGGUCCUCAACAGGGAAGCAUCAAAGACUACAGGGGUGCAAGCUCAACCAGCCAACGCAGCACCAACCGAGGCGCUAAAGAACCCCCGCGCAGCGACUCGCGAAAGAGGAAGCAUCGCCGCAGCAGCACGCAUAUUACAGCGUGACCUCGGUCUAAGCCCAGUGAACGCACAUCGCCGCGCCAAGGUCGAAGCCGGGGCAGCCGCAAAGAGCGAAGCAGCAGCCGCAUCCGCGCCACAAGGACCAAAGGCCGGACCAUCAAAUGCCGGCGGAGGCGGCAAGGGUAAAGGACGCGCGGAGAAUAACAAGGCGAAGGAGGCACCUCCAGCGAUCACACUCUUGAAGAAGCCAGUCGAGCCCGUAGCCGCAGCACCAGCACCUUCAGCUUCACCAAAACCGACAGCUGGUACAUCGGCACCCGCAUCAACAUCUCGCCAACCCGCCUCAGCAUCACAAGCUAAACCCCCCAGCGCCCCCUCAGGCCGCAAACCAGCGCCCUCCCCCGUCCCGACCGCAGGCGCCACCCGCGCCUUCGUCAAGCACGCCAACCCCUCGCAAGGGGUCACAGAGCCGCUCCUCCGCGAAGCCAUGACCGUUUUCGGGGCAGUGACGAACGUCGAGAUCGAUAAGCGGAAGGGGUUUGCGUAUGUGGAUUUUGCGGAUACGGAGGGGUUGCGGAAGGCGGUCGCGGCGAACCCGACCAAGAUUGCGCAGGGGACGGUGGUGGUGCUCGAGAGGAAGGAUACGAAACCUGCGAGGGAGGCGCCGGCGGCGGGGGCGAGGGGUGGGUUUGGUGGUGGUGGUGGUGGAGGUGGGAGGGGUGGAGGUGCGGGUGGCGGGAGGAGUGUGAGGAGAGGACGGGGAGGGAGGGGGGGUGGUGGUGGUGGUGGAGGAGGAGGGGGUGGGGGUGGGUCAGCGGCGGAGGGUUCGGCGGCGGCGAGUGCCUCUGCUGCUCCUGCGGCUCCUACGGGACCUGCGGCGGCGAAGUGAUAUACAGGGCAUUCAGGGCUGGAUGCGUUGGGUUGAGGUGACAGGACUUCGGGACUCAUCGUAGCUACUGAUAUCUCUCCAAGGCUUGUUUAAUAAUGAUAGAACUAUAAUAGCCCUUCCUCAUUGAAGCACAGUAUAACCAGAAUAGAACAGCUAUCGGC